UCGAGACAAUAUCGGGCCCUCAGUCUACGAGUGCUAAUUGGCAAGACCAGAUGCAAAACUUGGCCAAAAGAAAAACUAGUAAAAUAAGCAUUUAGAAUGGAAGACUUUGCCAAGAAAUGUGAAGUAAAAGAAGACGAGACGAUGGGCAGGUAUGUGGUAGCUGCAGUCAAUAUUAAAGCCGGAGAAACUUUGCUGCUGGAACAACCUGUGUUGUUGCUUGCCAACAAUGCCGAUAGACGUUGCAGUAACUGUCAUCAGUUGACAUCCACGUUUUGCGGCAAGUGCCGUCUAAUGCCGCUCUGUGCGGAUUGCGUGGACCAUCUUGACCUAGAUUGCCAACGUUUGGCUAAGCUGGAGUUGCAGUUGGAGCAAGUGCAACAGCUGGCAGCGCAUCCGGAGAUUGUCAAUGCUCUUAAAUAUUUACUAUUGAGGGAGCAUGCGGAAAUGCACUCGCAGUAUGAAGAGCUACUCCAAAUGGAAGCACAUCUAACACGUCGUCGUGGCACGGACAUCUGGCUCAAUUAUCAAAAGCAGGUGAUACAGCCUCUACAAUCAGCCGGAGUGCUGCUGCAGUUGCGUAAUGGCGAGAGCAUCAAUGAAGAGCUGCUGCAACGUAUGUUGGGCAUUGCGGACAUCAAUAGUUUUGAGAUACGGGCCCCGGAGUUGGGGGGUUCCAUGCGGGGGCUCUAUGUGAAAGCCGGUCUCUUUGUCCACAGCUGUGUUCCCAACCUGGUAGCGGCUAUUGACGAGCAGCGACGCAUCAAGCUCUAUGCAAAUCGAUCCAUAGCAGCCGGAGAGGUCUUGUACAAUUGCUAUACGAACAUUCUCUUGGGCACGGAAGAGAGGCGGAAAAUUUUGAAGAUUGGCAAGUGCUUUGAUUGCCAGUGUGCUCGCUGUCUCGAUCCCACUGAGUUGGGUACGCACAUGAGCAGCUUUGUAUGUGUUCACUGUGCCGGUGGAUAUAUAGUAAAACAGCCUGUCACUAAUGUCUGGCAGUGUCUGCUUAAUCCGGAGCACACGUUGAAACCAGAGUUUGUGUCCAAUGUAUUGGAGCGUGCUAAGGAGGAGGUUUUUCAUGCCCACGGUGACAUCUAUCGUCUGGAGCUGUUGCUGGCCAAGUUGGGACGUCUGCUUCAUGGCAAUCAUUAUAUUAUGCUCGAUCUGAAGCAGCAUAUAGCCUCCAUAUUGAGGCAGAUCUUGCAGAAUAUGGCACAUCGACCCAGUCGUAAAGUUUAUGAGCGUAAGAUUCGCUUGUGCCAGGAAAUAUUGUUGGUUUUAAAAGUGGUGGUUCCCGGUAUAUCACGUCUGAAAGCAGUAGCUCUUUAUGAACUGUCCAACACUCAAGCGGAACUUGCACGGAAAUUAUUCAGCGAACAGGAGCAUAACAGUGCGGAUCUGAUGGCAGAGCUUCAGCAGACUGAAAUUAUGAUGCGGGAAUCGCUUCGUAUGCUGCUUUAUGAACCUAUAUGCACUCCGGAGGGUCAAUUGGCACGGAAUAUGCUUAGAGAGUUGAAGGACCUUCAAAAUGAUAUGAAGCUACUGCAGCAAUCAAAUCCUGAUGUGGUUAAUUAAAACAUUUAUUCGUUGCAAAUUUUACAUAAGGCAUUUAUUGCGUUUCAAAAUACUGGAACGAUGCUUUCGUUAGCGCCAAAAUCGAUUGCAGUAUUAUCGGAACUGAAAUGUGGCGGCAAAUUAUUUAUAAAGCUCUAGGAGCCAGUUCGCACUCUUGAGUGCCGAUAGUCACGUAAGGCUGCUACAAAUAAGUCACCAAUUACUGCAGCAACACAACGAUGAUGUGCUUAACAGAAAGCGAGUUUUCAUUAAAUUUUAUGAAUUACUUGUUUUCAUAACACACU